CGGCAUACGGCAGAUCCCCAUCUCGAACCCCCCAUCGCGCGCCAUUGCGGACGCACACAACCAUUAUGAGCGUUCGGAUACCCACACGGCGGAUAGGGCAAUCAGCCCUCGCCCUCUCCCGCCCAAACACAUAUUGGAUCACGACCUCACGACCCCUCUCUACCACCGUCCCCCUUUCAGCCUCUAAGGACUCCCUUCGCAAUGACCUCCUCCUCGAUGUCCUCCGCAAGCGCCAGGCCGAACAGCACGCCGCCGCCCACGGAAAAACCACCGCCCGCGCACCCCAACCCGAGCAGGGCAACCUCCCUUCUGCCACAAUCUUCAAACCCGAGUACGAAAUCCCUUCCUUCCAGGACUCUCUCCCCGAUUUCGAGAAACGCGCCGUCAAGCGGGAGGAGAAGGAACGUAGGGCCCUCGUAGCCCGCAAGAGGGAUGCGGAGCUGUCCGCCCCCAAAUUGGAUCCCAUUCCCCGGAGCACGAAGCUUUUGGAACGGAAACUAGUCAUCAAGAGCAUCCAGAAGAGGGGUAGGCUGACGAAGGAAUUGAAGCUCGCGAGGUCGGAGAGGCAAUCGCUGUUCAGGAGCCGUGAUUUGCCCACGAGUGUCAAGAAGUUGACGAAGGUUAUGAAUUUGGUGCAAGGAAAGACGGUGGAGGAGGCGCUCGUGCAGCUGCGGUUCAGCAAGAAGAGAGUUGCGAAGGACGUUGCCAAGGGUCUUAUCAUCGCGAGAGAUCAGGCGGUCAUCGCUCGUGGUAUGGGUCUUGGUGCGGCACAGAAGGCGGAGACUGCACAGGACGCAAAGACUCUGGCCGACGGCUCUCGCAUAAAGGAGAAGAAGGGGAAGAGUGUUACCAUUGAGUUAAAGGAUGGAAAGAAGAAGGAAGUGAAUGACCCAACAGAGAUCUAUGUCGACCAGGCAUGGGUAGGUAAAGGCCAGCAAUGGAAGACUCCAGAGUACCGUGCCCGCGGAAGGGUUAACCUUCUCACACACCGAACAACGAGCUUUUCCGUUCUAUUGAAGGAAGAAAAGACACGCGUGCGUAUUUCGGAGGAGAUCGCAAAGAAGCGGGACAACCGCAAGCUCUGGGUAGCUCUACCCGACCGACCCAUCCCCUCGCAGCGACAGUACUGCUUGUGGUGAAGAGACACGAGGAUAUAACGGACAAUUGUAACAUAUGUAUUUGCGUUUUGUGAUAUACAAGUGCAUUGGGUCUACGAAAGACACAUGAACUGCGGGCUCCGAGAAAGGCUUGUUUGCACAAUAUACCACCAUUCGAAG